UUCAUUGUGUAUGCUCUAAUGGCAAAUAUUCGUGGUGAUGAUUUUCUCAUCAUUAUUCGAAUUUUAACAGAGAAUCUAGUUAUUCAACUGUAAUAUUUGUGUUAUUGCUAUUUUUAGUGUUGCAGAGCAGAAAAAGUAUCAGUAAGCUUUUAUAGUUUACCUCCUGGUUCGUGCAAAGCGAGAUUUAAUGUACCCAUUGAUUAGUGGUAGUUCGUGAAAGGUAUAGCAGAACACAACGAUUCGGAUUAUCGAAACUACCUUAUCUGAACAAUCGUUAUUUACAACUAUUAGUGAAAUAAAAUGUCUUCUCCAAGCGCAGGCAAGCGCCGUAUGGAUACGGAUGUAAUAAAAUUGAUUGAAAGCAAACAUGAAGUCACAAUUCUCGGUGGAUUAAACGAGUUUUGUGUAAAAUUUUUUGGUCCAUCAGGCACACCAUACGAAGGUGGUGUAUGGAAAGUGCGUGUUCAUCUACCGGAGCAUUACCCGUUCAAAUCACCUAGCAUUGGAUUUAUCAACAAAAUUUAUCAUCCAAAUAUCGAUGAAGUAUCUGGCACAGUUUGUCUUGAUGUGAUAAAUCAGGCCUGGACGGCUUUGUAUGAUCUAUCGAACAUAUUUGAGUCUUUCCUGCCUCAGCUACUCACUUAUCCAAAUCCAGUAGAUCCGCUUAAUGGUGACGCAGCUGCCAUGUAUCUACACAAACCGGAAGAGUAUCGUAAGAAAGUGGCUGAUUAUGUUCGUAGAUAUGCAACAGAAGAAGCACUCCGAGAACAAGAACCAGCCGAAAGUUCUGAUAGUGAAAGCAGCAUGUCCGAUUUCAGCGAAGACGAGGCGCAGGAUAUGGAAUUAUAACGACGGCUCUAUCUACAGCAGACGAGUAGAAGUGUUAGUAAUGUAAAUUGUCUUGAGAAGUCGCUAUUUUUUCAAAUCAGGCAAUCAUACAGCUUUGUGUGAAAGGGUUCUAUGUUCUGAUAUUAUAUUUACCUCAAGUUUGAAUUGUGUUUCGAUCAAGCAAUGCUGGAAAUUUGUCAAAACUGAAAUUCAUUUCGAUGUUCAGUUCGAUAGACUUGCGUAAAAUUCCAAACCAUCAAAAAAACAAAUUUCCAUACGAUUGUGUUAUCUCCUAAUUAGCUUAAAUGUCAAAUUCAUAGUUAUUUCCCAGCAAUAUUGCAGUAUAUACUGCGCUUUUGGUAAUAAAAAAUAAAUCUAGCAGAGCGUUGAAAUUAUAAAUGAAGAUCUGUGGUUCAAUAAGUAAUCACAACAAGGACAACAUAAAAAACUUUCUUUUUUAAACAUUAAUUAUAAUAUCAAUUAUUACAGCAGAGAUAAGUCAUAGUUUUGAGAUAGGAUUUCAUAUAUGUGUGCAUUAAUUUGUUUUGAUAUCAUUUUCUUAUUGAAUAAUCAACAGUAAAUUUGAUCUUUUUGUGUUUUGGACUAAUAUUCCAAAAAAAAACGUAUUUAAGCUGGUAAAACUGUCAUGUAUAUAUAUGUAUGGUUCAAUAUUUCAAAGUUUCAGAAAUCUCAUUAUUUUCAUUGAAACUUAGUUUAUGCCACGUAUUUUGUAAUUUGCUAACUUGACUUUUAACAAUAACGUAUUGUGUUGUUUCACUGAUGUUGAUUGUUGGUUUAAAAAAGCUUUGGGCAUAUGUGAACUCUUUCGUUUACCGAUAGGGCAGUUAUUUAAUUUCUUUAUUGCCUCAUACUUUUUUAAGUGAUUGUCCUAUUGCUUUCUUGGCGCUUACGAAAGAUCUUCAUAUAUCUUUUUAUAGUUCUGGCCCUAUUUGUAUUUCACUGUCCCAUUGAUUAUUUGAUGUUACUAAGAUUGAUUACCAAUCAAUUUGACUUCCAUUUUCUCAAAAUUACAGUCACUGUUCUAAGCCUAGGCAGUCCUAUCGAUACAGUCAGUCUUAUCGUUAUCAUGCGCGGUACCGACUGUACUCUGUAUGAUUAUACAAUUUUCUAAUCAUUCGUAAAUGUUGCUUCAAUAACUUCGAAAGACGAUUGUGGUAUGAUUCCAAUGAGAUGAAAAUUUAUUUGUAAUUAACAGUUUAAUGAAACCAUCAGAUAAAUACCUUUUUUUGCUUCUUAAGAACGCUCAGGCCGUAUCAAGACUUAUUUUACCACGUAGCAGGAUAGUCAGUCCUUGCUCCCAAAAAACAUCUUAAAUGAUUAAAUUAAAUGGCACAUGACACAAUUAAAUGCUACUUACGCAAAGCUUCAAAUAUUGCAGGUUUUCACUCCGCACCAACCGGUAAGAACUUUGAUAUCUAGCAGUGUGAGUUUGUUUAUUACUUACAAAACUCGUGUUUCCAUAUAACAGUUACAUGUAAAAAGUGCUAGUAUUUAACAAAUAAGUAAUUUAGUAUUAUGUGCUUAAUCGAGGGACAGGAAAUUUUCCAAGUUUAUUAAAUUGAUUUAAUAAAUAACCUUUUUUAAUUAAGCCAA